AUGGAUGACGAGAUAGAAGCAUUUUAUGUACCAGGUUUAUUACUUGGCUGCUAUGUCAUUGAUGCAAUUCUUCAGUCAACUCUUGAAUGUUUUUAUAAUGAAACAUGUAUCACUGAAAUUCUGUCAUAUUAUGAUGAUACUCCAUCAAUGAAUGUAACACCUCUUAAUUCAUCAUUACCAAGUCAAUAUUUUGUCAAUUCAACAAUACAAGAUCUUGUCAAUAAUUUAAUGAUAGAACAAUGGAACAUAUCAACUACAUACGAGAACUAUUAUAAUCAAUGCCAACCAAUAGAAUGCACAUAUACUUAUGAAAGAAAAAAUGGUGUGAUUUAUAUAAUCACUGCACUGUUUGGAUUGAUGGGUGGUUUAAUAACAAUUUUGAAACUGAUCGUGCCGACAUUAGUCAAGUUCAUAAACAAAAUAAGAAGAAAAAUACAAGGAAUAGAACAGGGUAAGAUGGUAGUGUCUGCGUUUUAUUUGCCAAAAAUUUAUUUAUCAUCGAUCAGUGUCGUGAAAAAAGUAAAAAUUGAAGAAAUAUUUUGA